AUGCAGACUCGAGCGGUCCAAGUCAUCCUGCUCAUAUGUUCCUUGAUCUUGGCCAUCAUCAUUCUCAUAGCCUCGUCGAAAUAUGCGGCAUGGUCACAUGAGAUGGUUCCGGGGGCGGGCAACUGGCUACCUCUAGUAUUCUACGUGGGCACCAUCCCCUUCAUCUCCCUGCUAUACACGGUCUCCCAUUUGGCGGCAUUACAACUCAACGGCCUGCCCUGCCCACCCUACCCUAACGGACGCACCACCUCAUCAUUAUCUCCAAGACUAUCGCGAACGGCCAGCCCCCGGCCCUACGACGCCGGGUACGCGGUGACGACGACGUUUUUCAUCCUGUGCGUCUCGGUGCUGAACACGCUCACGUGGUUCGCCCAGAGCGUGCUGUGCACGUCGUGCGAGCUCGCGCCCAUCCUCGCGGGCCACCAGGGCCGCGUGGCGCGGUGGUGUCCGCAGUCGCGGUUCCGCGACACGGGCGACCGCGACCUGGCAAACAUGCUGGGCACGCUCGCCACGGUCAAGGACUUUCUGCAGUGGGCCAUGUUCGCCCUGGCGGCGGGGCUGGUCGAGUGCGCGCGCCGGGAGUGGAUGCGCGCCGAGCUGGUGCGCGGACAGCACGUGCGGAUGAUGGGCGCCGGGGUGGACUUUGGCGGUGCCGGCGGUGGUAAUGACAACUCACCGUCCUCCAAGAAACCCGUCAACGGCGUGGUCGAACUCUCCACCGUCACAAUCUCGGGCCCCCGCCUCGUCUUCCGCGCCGAGGAGGCCGAAGCCGCGAAACAGCGCGAGCGGGACGCCGCGGAGGCGCGACGGCGUGACGAGGACGAGGACCGCAAGCGUCGCUGGGCCAGCGGUGUCGGGCCCCUGCCGCCGCCGAUACCGCCCAAGCAUCCGUCGUCGGCGGGAGCAAACAACGGCAAGAAAAAGGACAAUGUCUACGCCAACGGCAUGGGGUUGAAGAGGAGCGGCACCCUGAAUCACAUGUACGAGUCGAGGGUGUAG